AUCUGUAUAUUGAUUGAAAAUCUGGGCAAUAAAUAGGUUGUUGGGAGAGAAAAAAUUAAAAUUCUUAUAAAUGGAGCCUUAUCAAUGGGUUUCCUCAUGUGCAGUUCCAGUCAAAGGGCAGUAUAAACUUAAUUUGUGAAUUGCAAAUCACACAAAUCACAUUAAAUAAAGAACAACAAGGGAUGACCAGUAAAAAAAUUACACUGUUACGUUACUUGUUUUGUGGUGUAUGCAUGUUGCUGGCUUUAAACUUGUUAAUUGAUUAUUUUGCCGAUAAAACGGAGGUCUCCUCUUCAUUUAGCCGUUUGAGCCUACGCAAAAUUUACAAAUAUAAUGGCACCGUACUUAGCUCUACAGGCAGCAGUAGUAGCAACAACAUCAGCAGCAGCAGCAACAAUAACAUCAAUAGCAACAAUUCCUUAGCAUCAUUGGCCGCCUCCCUUCUUCCAAUGACAAAUGACUCUUCCUCCUCCACAUUUGACAAUUCUUCCAAACACAAUCAGCAACUGGAACUGCACGGUAAUAGUAGCGGCGAUAGCCUAGUUGGCAAUAACAGCAAAAAUACCACAGAACUCCCUUUGCCUAUUUGUCAAGACCCAGUAAUAGAGGAGAGUAGUCCUUUUGUACCUAAUAUAACUUUAGAAUCUCUUGAUGUUAUCAAUGACCAAUUGGGCCUGUUAUUGGAACCCGGUGGCGCUUUUAAACCAAAAGACUGUAUAGCUCGGCAUCAUGUUGCUAUAGUGGUGCCUUUUCGCGAUAGAUAUGCUCAUCUAUCGAUCUUCCUGCGUAAUAUACAUAAAUUUUUAAUGCAACAGCGCAUCGCCUAUCGCAUAUUCAUAAUUGAACAAACAAAUGGCAAGCCCUUCAAUCGAGCCGCUCUUAUGAAUAUUGGAUUCUUGGAGGCGAUGAAACUGUUCAAAUGGGAUUGUUUUAUAUUCCAUGAUGUUGAUCUAUUGCCAUUGGAUAAUAGAAAUUUAUAUAAUUGCCCGCGGCAACCGCGUCAUAUGUCAGUGGCCAUAGAUAAAUUUAAUUAUAAGUUGCCUUAUCGUACAAUAUUUGGUGGUGUAUCAGCAAUGACACGUCAACAUUUUUUAGCUGUUAAUGGAUUUUCCAAUUCAUACUUUGGCUGGGGUGGCGAAGAUGAUGAUAUGUCAAACAGAUUACGAAAUGCCAACCUUUUUAUAGCACGAUAUCCCAUCAAUAUUGCACGUUAUACCAUGUUGAAACAUCAAAAGGAGAAAGCCAAUCCCAAGCGUUAUGAGAAUUUGGUGAAUGGCAUCAAUAAAUCUUCGAUGGAUGGCUUGAAUUCCAUAAAAUAUGAUAUCUACAGUUACAAAUCGUAUCCAACGUUUAGUUGGUUUUAUGCUGAACUAAAGAUCUCCGAACAAAAAAUAAAGAUUAUUAUCUCAUUAGACUUAUUUCAUCCUGCCAAUAUAUGGAGAAACUCAUUGCUUCCUUUUUAUGGAUUUGAUAUUAGGUACAUAUAUUUUUAAUCUUAGAAAUUUAGUAGAUUUUUUUACACACGGUUGAUAGCCUGUCUAAAAACACUGAAGCGUAAGAAAUGGAUGCCAGGUAAUUACUUAAACAAAAAUACAAUUUUUACAAAUUAUUGUUAUUUGACUUUUCAAUAGUUUAGUAUGUAUGUAUAUACUAUAUUUUAAAUUGUGUGUUCAUGUUUAACAUGGUGGUAGUGUUAUUUUUUUUGCCUUUUUUGUGGAAAGAGAGCAGAUUUUUUAUUUAAGUUUUAUUUUAUCAUUUGUCCUUGUGUUCAUUAUUUUAAGGAUUUCGAGUUAAUCUUUAUUAAGGAGUUGUAAUGGAGGUUAAACUACUGCAGAUAUAAUUUCGAAGUUUAAAAUUUACACUUGGACUCAAAAAUCCCUGGUCUAACAAGAAGAGUUGAAUAAAAUUGAGAUAAUUCGUCAAUACGGGAGCUGCUAUAUAAGUUUCUGGCCUAGGUAACACUAAUGUUGAUUACGAUUCUAGAAAUCCCAUGGCAGCCGGUUAUUCGUACCGGAUUGACCCGAUGGAUUCCUUCAUCGGCAAGGGCUGCCGCCUCAGUGUAAAACACACUGUUACAACUACUACGAUUCUAGAAAAAAUGUUACACAUAUACGGCCCAAUAUAUUACAAAUGUCGCUCUAAUCCUUUCAAAGUGUAACACUUUUUAGAUUUCAAUCGAAUCUUGUAUAUAAAAUUCAAUUUGUGUUUGUCGGAUUGUUUGUUCCGUAUAGACGAAAAAACGGCUGAACCGAUUACUUUGAAUUUUUCACAGAUUCUGUAGGUUGGUCUGUAAAGAAACAUAGGCUAUAUAAUUUUUUUAUGUCUGGAGGGUGGCGGACCCUCCCCCUUACCCCAAAAGUACUAACCAAAAAGAAAAAGUGAACCGAUCGGGACAAUAUGGAAUUCACAUGAAAGAUAUUCAAGAGUAGAGUAAGAAUUUGAUAAUAAAAGUUGGGUCCAAGUACCUGAGGGGCCGCCCCAGCCCCAAUACCCCUUAAUAUAGAUUUAUUUGACGAUCAUCACAAUAUGGGACUCAAAUAAAAGGUAUUCGGGAGUAGAUUACGAAUAUGGUCAGGAAGUAGGAAAAGUACCUUUAUAAUUUAUGGAUAACGGACGGGGGCGACCCUCCACUGUUACCCCAAAAACACCACCCAAAAUCAAAAGUGGACCGAUAAGGACAAUAUAGGUAUCAAAUGAAAAGUAUGCGGGAAUAGAUAACGAAUCAGGCAUAUAAAUUCAUGUCGAAGUAUAGGGGGUAUCAAAUAUUGGACUCGGGUUUGUUAGAACAAUAUGGAUAUCAAAUGAAAAGUAUGCGGCAAUAGAUAACGAAUCUGGCAUACAAAUUCCUGUCGCAGUAUAUGGGGUCACCCCGGCCCCAUAAAAACGCCCAAAUUGGGCACAUUAGCCAAUCACGGAUAUAUGGGACUCGGUUUGUUUGAAAAACGGCAGAACUGAUUUUCUCGAAAUUUUCGCAUAUUGUGUUGGUUGGUCUGGAAGGAAACAUAGGCUAUAUAAUUUUUCGGUAUCGGAAGGGGGACGGACGCUCCCCCUUAUGCCAAAAAACACGACCCAAAAUCAAAAGUGGACCGAUCGGGACAAUAUAGGUAUCAAAAAGAAAAGCAUGCGGGAGUAGAUAACGAAUCAUGUCGAAGUAUAGAGGGUCACCCCUCCCCCACAAAAACGCCCAAAUUUGGCACCUUAGCCAAUCACAGAUAAAUGGGACUCGGUUUGUUUGAAAAACGGCAGAACCGAUUUUCUCAAAAUAUUCGCAUAUUGUGUUGGUUGGUCUGGAAGGAAACAUAGACUAUAUAAUUUUUCGGUAACGGAAGGGGGACGGACGCUCCCCCUUAUGCCAAAAAACACGACCCAAAAUCAAAAGUGGACCGAUCGGGACAAUAUAGGUAUCAAAUGAAAGGUAUUGGAGAGUAGAAUACGAAUAUGAUAUGGUAAAUUUGAUUCUAAGUACCCAUAGAGCCGCCUCAACGCCAAAACUCUCCCAAACAGACGUAUUGGACAUUCAUUUCAAUAUGGGGCUCAAAUGAAAGAUAUUAGGAGUAGAUUUUGAAUCUGGCAUACAAAAUCAUAUCGAAGAAUAGCGGGUCAUGCCACGUCAUACUUAAAAUAUCUGCAGUCCUUGAAACUUUUUGUUUACCCUAAAUCUUCCUUUGACAUUGUACAGUGAGUCCUUUUGUAAUAUUCAAUCUCAGUUCUUCUCGAAAUUAGAAAACUAUGUCUUGUGAUAUUCGAGAAAUUACUUUUUUAAUUCAGUUGCAUAGUGUAAUUUUAAGUCGUCUUAUACAUUAAUUUUAAAAGUGCAAUAAAUGUAAUUUAGUGCAUAACUCUUAAAGCUUUAACUUAACAUUUUGCUGAAUAAUUUUUAUAAAUAACACAUUUUUGUUUUGUAAUAUAAGUUUUAAAUUUUUAAACUGCCCCAAACACAACUGCCUACACUUAGUGUAUUUUAUUUUAUUUUAUUUAAACCAACCGAAAUAGUUGAUAUACCUAGUUGAUUCCGCUUCAGUGCUUUUAGAUGUUUUUUUUUUUUAGAACAAAAUGAAUCUCACUUUCCAUCCAUGCGAAAAGAAGAAAAUCCGCAAACGCAAUUCUUCGUAAACAAUUCUUCCAUUAUUGUUGUUAACAUUAUUAUGUAUUAUUAUUGAUUUAUUAUUUUAUUCCAGGGCAUUUUAAAUGCAAACUUUGUUCCUUUCCUAGCCCUUCCCCCCUCAAAAAGAACUCGAAGGGUUUUGGAUGGUAGUUGAUGAUUUUAAUUACAAAACAAGUAAAGAAAGUAUUUUAAUUCGUCUCAAUCGAUAUAAUGUUUUUAAAUAUUCCAGAUAAUUAUUAUUAUAAUUACGAUUAUUAUUAUAUACUAUAUUUGUAUUAUAUGUAAUAAAAAGGAACAGAAAACAAAGACAAAAAUUAAAAAAAAAAAGAAAUACAAAAACGAGGAAAAUCUUAAAUACUUUUAUAUACAUCAAACCAUGACAAAUAUUGCUUUAACUAAAUAAUUAAAUCUCAUAUAUAUACAACACAUAGGAUGAACAAAAACGAAACAAAACAAAAAAAUUAAAAUAAAUCAAUUGGAAUAAAUGAAUUAAAUUGUUUGUGAUACAAUAUUAUUGUUACAAAAGAAUAAGAAGAACAACAAAAACAAGAAGCGAAAAGAACAAAAUUUAAAACGGAAAACUUAAAAGACAUACCCUACGAACUAUUUGUAAAUUAUUUAAAAUACAACAAGAAAUUAUAUUAACUAAAACUUUAUUAGGAAAUUUCAUCAAUAUUAAAAAAAAGACAACAACAAAAAACAAUAAGAAAAAUGUACAUAAGAUUAAAGCUCUUCUUUUUUUCAAUAAAUCUACAAAACUGAAACAAAA